GUCUCAGUCUUUUUUCAUUUCAUUGUAUUUCUGUUACCGCGUCCAGUCCAGGCAAUCCACAUCACCAACCACCAACCACCAUGAAGAAGACCGAGUCGCGCAAUGAUCUGGAGCGCAAUGUGGUUGCCAACCUGCCGUUUGUCGACUACACGAUCGACCACAGCAAAUUGCUGGAGGGUGCCCAGUUUAUCAUCUCGCAAAUCAAGCCAUACUGGCCCAAGGAGCAGACCAAGUUCAAGCAGUUCCACGGCGGAAUGACCAACAAACUCAUGCUCUGCUAUCUGGAUGGCACUGAGGAGAAGGCCCUCGUUCGCGUGUAUGGACACAAGACCGAGUACCUGAUCGAUCGCGAGCAAGAGAUGGUGAACAUUUGCUCGCUCAAGAAGAACAACAUCGGGCCGGAGGUGUUUGGCCGCUUCCAGAACGGCUACUGCUACGGCUACUUGCAGGGCGAGCCCUUGGAUGUCGAAAUGAUGCGAGACGCGCACAUUUCGCGCCUCACAGCUCGCAAGCUUGCCAGCUGGCAUCAAACUCACAUUCCCGGCGACACGACGCCGAUGCUCUUCAACACCUUGGAGAAGUGGAUGUCUAUCAUUCCCGAAUCAUUCGAGGACAACCCAACGAAGGACAAAAAGUACAAGGAAAAAUUCAGCCUCCCCCAAAUCCGACAAGAGUUGCAGCAGCUCCGAACGGUGUUGGAGGGUCUGAACUCGCCCAUUGUUUUCUCGCACAACGAUUUGCUGUGCAAGAAUGUGCUCUUCCACGCCGAGUCUGACGCGGUUCACUUCAUUGACUACGAGUACGCAAACUACAGCUACCGUGGCUUUGACAUUGGCAACCACUUUUGCGAGUUUGCGGGCAUGGACGACCCUGUAGACUAUGGCCGCUAUCCAGGCCGGGCCUUCCAGAUGGUUUGGCUGCGACAGUACAUUGCUGGCGCGCAAGGCAUCACCGACGCUGAGGUCACCGAGCAGCAGGUCGAGGCCAUGUACCGCGAGGUCAACAAGUUUGCUUUGGCCGCCCACUUUUACUGGGGCUCGUGGGCACUGGUGCAAGCUCGCUUCUCCGACAUUGAUUUCGACUACCUCGACUAUGCCCUGCUCCGCUUUGCCGAGUACUUCCGUCGCAAGGACGAGUUCCUCGCGCUUUGAGACACAAAACUCCUCAUCGCCAUUGUGUCUCGCCGCAGAUGUUAUUUGUUACUGCCUUGUCCCUUCCUUUUUCUUUUCUUCUUCUUCUUCUUUUUCUUUGUUUUUUUAUCUUGUACUAUAUUGUUGUCUGAGAGUCGCAAUGUAGUUUGAAUUCUAUCGUUCCAGUC